AUGACAAUUUAAAUAUUAAAAAUGUCAAACUAUGAAGACAAUUACUCAAAUAUUUACUGUCUAAGAUUUGAGUUUGGAAUACCGCUGGAAGAUUUGUUUCCUUGUGAUGAUGUCCAUUUUAAAUUAAAGACUUUAUUAUCUGAAUGUGUAGAGGCCAAAGAGAAAUCUGAAUUAAAAGUGGAAAGUAUUUUAAGGGACUCGCCUGUUAUACUGAAGGAAUGCUUUAAAUUGAAAUUCCUCCUUGAAAAUGAACUACAUAUUCAGAGGAGAUUUCAACCGAUUACGUACUUUUGGAUUAUAAGACACUUUUUGGGAAUUUUGCCACUUCCGAUUUUUGUUAAUUACGAAAAAUGGAAAAGUAUUGCAUCAAACUGUCAUCAAAUUUUAUCUUCGUUGAAGCCUUACGACCUCAAGAAACUUGAUGGAAAUAUUGCAGAGUCCCUAAAUCUGCUAUCAGAUGCCAAUAUUAUGUUUCUUGAUCUAUUCAGAGAAGUAUUCGCAAAACUUUGCGAAAACAGGUAUAGAAUAAGUAGAAGAUCUGCUUACAGUGUUGCCAAAUAUUUUGGUCCUUGUAUGUUUGUGCGUCCCUUUAGACCUGGAUAUGUCACCAAAGAAACCAAAGAGUUUUCCUCACUUUUAUUUUAUAUGCUUAUUAGGUGGAAGUUUAUUAAGCGAUGUUGCAGAAAUUUAGAUUUACUGUCUUUUAGAAGGGAAAAGUAUGAUGUUAAAUACAAAAUUAUACCUUUUAAUGUCAAUAAUAACUAUAUUAAGGAUGGUGAGUCUCAAACCAUUGCUAAUCAGGAAAAUAAUGAGUAUCUAAAAGAUAUUGGGUGUCAGACUAUCGAAUCACUGUCUUUAAAUGAUGAGGAAAAAGUGAACACGUUAAAACAAAAGUGUAGCUUGGCGUCAUUAAAAAGCAUCACCAAAAGAAUAAAGUCGACUUUUUUAUCAAACCAUGACGAUAUUGACCAGGACAAAUCUGAAGAUGAAGAUGUUUUGGAUUUUCAGGAUAAAUCUUAUGUCAACUUGGAUAUACUAAAGGACGACAUGGAUAAUAUAAAAGCAGUUGAUGUUAUUUUACCCCCACAAAAAAAUUGCUGUUGCUCCUAUGGUUCUCACUACGAAAAGAACAAAGAACCAAAAGUGACGAUAAAAAAAGACAUUGAUGAUGUCAGCAUAAAGUCGGUAUGUGAGACCAUAUACGAGGAUGAAGUUAGCUGCUUUACGACAGUAACAAUUCCGGAUAUAUCUGGAAACAUUAAUAGUUUGGAGGUUGAAGAUUUCGGGGAUAAACCACCUUCCAUAGGAUGGAUAAAACAAUCUCCAGCGCCUACUACGGACGGUUUUAUGUACGACGACUAUGACACCUUUAAAUGUGAAGAAUACAACCAAGUUGACUUGUACGAAGACGUGAAGUUUCUUGACCCGCUGUUUUCCAGCGAGAUUGCUCCAAGUCCAAAAUUGAGCGAAACGUUAUCAAAGAUUUCCAAAAUUGGUUGGACAUACACUCCACCAAACAAAUCUGAAAUAAAAGCUAAAUAUCAAACAUGCUUCGAAGAAUCAGAUAAGGAAGUAACUCAGAACAUCAUCGACUAUCCCAGUGAGUGCAACUCAGUGAAAAGCCGAAGCAGUUAUCUAAGUCUGAAAAAAAUAAAGGUGGGGGUUGAUUUUGUGAAAAAAAUAACACGUGGUUCGCCCUCCCACGUGGAUAACACCCCGUGCACAGUGAAGUACAAGAAACUACCGAAAUUCAAAUCAAGUACGUUUUAAUCAGUUCAUUUAUUGCUUUUAAUUUGUUAUUACAAUGUAACUUGAUUGAAAUAAAAUAUUAU